AUCAAGGGAAUAAGAAAAAAACUUAUUUCAGCGAGCUGCUGUGGAUUUCUAUUGGAUGCACUUUACCGCGUGUCUCUUCAAGCCCUCAGAAUUUCCCAUUCUAAACUUUCUACGAUACAAAAGCUUCCACUGUUCUUUCUCAGUUUUGUAAGUUUUUCUUGGCAAAUACAUCUUGUAACGAAUCAUUUUCUAUCACGACAAUCAACAAGGCAGAGGAUUACGUUUUUCUUUCAAGUGGCAAUUGUUCUUGUAUCCCUUGUCAUCCUUGCAAUUCCGGUGGCCGAGAUCAUCUACCCAACUUUUAAUAAACAAACCAUGAAUGGCAAACUAUUAAUCGCUCUCUUUGCGCCUCUAAUUGGAGUCGUUCUAAAGGUUACCUCACGAAUUUGUGUUCAGCGGCUUCACCGGGAUUACAUUCAUCCGGGAUAUUUAUAUGUCUUACUGGCGCCGUUGUUCGGCUCUUCGGCGAUAAUGUUUCGUGUUUUACAAGCGGAUCUCGGUAGUUUACAAUACAUCGGGAUUCUAGGGAUAACUCACGGGACUGUGGAAGUAAUCGAAAGAAGCGCAAUGGUCUUUAUUGAUCAUAUUUGCCACUCGAUUUGGAAAAGAACAGCCGCUCCCUGGGGAAGUUUUCGCACUCCUCGUGGUGAGAGGCUAAUGGCUGAUAUAACUAUUAUGAGCAUGCUGUUUGAAUCAACUGCUAUAGUUUCCGUCAACGGCUGUUUGUAUUUGUAUAAGUUCAAUUUCCUUCAAAACACCUCCUUAUUAGAAGUGUUAGAGCCUUUUGCUCUAACAACUUGUCUUCAGUUGGUGAUUGAGUGGUUUUUCACCAGCGUAUCCCUCGCGAUCGAGACUCACUAUCAGAAUAUGGCUGUUAUGGCUGUUUGGCAAAGAAGAUGGAAAAGACAUACUUUAAUAUCAUUUACAACUUCUGUGCUCAUAGCAUUAUGGACUAGCACAAUUCUGUUAAUUAUUGUGCAUGGAAGAUUUAAGGAGUCUUCGAAUCAACCUUGUAAGAUGCCGUUUACUUAA